CAAAAUAAUUGAGAGGGACUGAGGGAAUUGAAACCCGCAUAGCCUGACCAACCCUUUUAAUCGAAUCGUUGGACCGUUUCAGCUUGCACUUUAUAGUGUAAUUGUCCUUUUGAUUAUCCAUAAGCGAUCGUUCGGUAGUUAGUUUGGGUUAGGGCUGGUAAGGUUUUGUAGAGACGGGAAAAAACAAGGAAAAACCAGGGAGAGAGUAGUAGUGUAGAAAGGAGGGAACAAAGGGGAAAGCCAUGAGUCGGAGCUUGGGAAUUCCCGUAAAGCUACUUCAUGAAGCAGCAGGCCAUAUAGUCACAGUUGAGCUCAAGAGCGGUGAGCUCUACAGAGGAAGCAUGAUCGAAUGCGAAGAUAACUGGAAUUGCCAACUUGAAAAUAUCACUUGCACAGCCAAGGAUGGGAAGGUCUCACAACUUGAGCAUGUUUUCAUCAGAGGUAGCAAGGUCAGGUUUAUGGUCAUACCUGACAUGCUAAAGAAUGCUCCAAUGUUCAAGCGGCUUGAUGCUAGAAUCAAGGGGAAGGGCUCAGCUCUUGGAGUUGGUCGUGGUCGUGCUGUUGCAAUGCGGGCCAGGGCUCAGGCUGCUGGACGUGGCGGUGCUCCAGGUAGGGGUGUUGUGCCACCUGUACGGAGGUAAUCUGUUAUUCGAAGAGGGAUUUUGGCUACUUACUCGAUAGGGAGUUCAGUUCUCACAAGUAUUCCAUCUUCGAUGGCCUAGGGAGAGGUGGUGCAAUAAAAUGGUUUAUUCUGAGUGGAUGUCAUCUGAUUUUCACCUGAUAAUUAUCUCCUUAAGAUUCAUCUGAAACCAAUGGUUAUCUAAAUUUUGGUUGCACCACUUGUUUUAGCCUGUGUACCAAUAGAAUGUUCUAGACACUCCGUUGAAUUGUUCAUGGAAUGGUUUACUGGUAUAAAGUUGAAAUUGUCUGGACCGAA